AUGGAUCAAGUCGAUCGAGCAUUCAACAAAGCCGUCUCGGCUAUUCAAACACUUUCAACAUGGUCACAAAAUGACUCGCUACCUAAACCCCCCCUUACUAAUCGAGUCAAAUUGUAUGCUCUCUAUAAACAGGCAACAGAAGGAGAUCAGGGUCGAUCCGCUCAUCCUCCUCCUCCAGAAGACGAAACCUCACGUCGUAAAUGGAUCGCCUGGAAGAAAGAGGAAGGCCUCACCAAAACAGAGGCCAAGAAACGUUACGUGGCAUGUCUUAUAGACACUAUGAAAACUUAUGCUGGAGAUUCUACAGAGUCACGUGACUUACUUUUUGAGUUGGAAUUUCUAUGGGAAACCAUUAGAGACUUAAAGCCGAUUCCUCUCCGGUCGAAAUCUCCUGCAGUUUCUCUCUAUAGGGUCGCAUCGGGUGGAUUUAAUACUAAUAUAGUGAGGCCUCCUUCCAGAACUACCAAUGUGGUGGCUAUAGAGUCGAGCGCGCGUUCUGAUUCGCCGAAAAAGGAUUUGGAUCUGAUCCGCUGGCAGAGCGAGAUUAACAGAGCGGUUAAUCGGAUUUCACUCGAGUUGGAGGUGCUGGCCGAGCCUCAGGAGGAGCCGGGGAGCGACACCACUCGGUCUUGGCUUGCAAGAGCGUUGGGUGUGGUCUAUGCCUACAUAAAGCAGGGACUGCAACACGCCGUAGCAGAUUCCUUAGUUAUCUUGGUGGUACCGGGAAGAAAGCCUCUAACUACUGAGCCAAAAAAUAAGCGGACAGCUCAGAAUAGAGCUGCACAAAGAGCGUUCAGAGAGAGAAAAGAGCGUAAGAUGAAAGAACUGGAGUCUAAAGUGAAGUUACUCGAGGAUGAGAAGCUGCAGAUAACCAAUGAGACUGAGUUACUACGUUCUCAGGUUUAUACGCUUCUACAGGAGUUGUCUAAGUAUCGUCCUGUUGACCAGGAGGAGGAGACUAGGCAAAGCGAGGGUCAGAAAGCUCGGUCGAUCGAUGCGUCUGAUUCCGCGAAGUCCUCGCCAGUUUCUGCUGAUUCCACCACUUACUCUACGCUAGAGACUCCUGUUUCAUCGAUCUCGUCUAGUAAUGUGAAGGAUAUCUCGGGGUCGUCAGCAUCGUCGUCGUCUUCCUUUCAGUUUCCGUCUCAGUGGGGGAAUAGUUCAGCGUCGCCAGGAUUGACUCAGUCAGAACUCAACCAAUCAAGUUUCAAAGGUGAUUUUGACGAGGGAGUCAGCGACUUUUGUGCAGAGCUGGGCCAGGUUUGUGGUAGUAAGGACUGCCCAAUACCCAAGGCCAAACAACAAGUACAAGAGAAAUAUGCAUCUACUAGUUCAUCCAGUCUAUCGAUACCCGAAUUGAGCCCUAAAGUUUGUGAAAGCGUGAGUAGUGCGACUACUGCGGAAGAUAUAGAAUAUUCAUCAUCUCCAUUCUACAAUCUUCUGCAGUCAACUACAUCGGGAACUACUAAACCUUCAGAUGAAAUGAACUUCUUACUUGAUUCUUUCACGACUCCAAAUCCUACAGCUUUUAACACGGAUGAUCUUAUUUUAGGCAAUGAUCUGGAAGAUUAUAGUGGAAUGUUGAAGAAAGAUACAGAUGAUGACACUCUUGGAGGGUUGGUUACGGAAGUUUCUAAGUACGACCCAUUGGAUGAGUUGCUUGGCAGUCAAUCUCAAUUGAACUUGAUCACACCUGCCACUUUACCUAUUUUUGAUGGAGGAGACGAAAAGAAGGUGGAAGGAGAUGACGACAGUAAUGAAACUGUUCCUAAUACAUCCGGUAAGAUGAUGAAGUGCUCGCAGAUUUGGGAGAGAAUUACGUCACAUCCUAGGUUCUCGGAAAUCGAUAUCGAUGGACUAUGCAGUGAGUUGAAGCAGAAAGCCAAGUGUAGCGAACAUGGAGUAGUGGUGAAUGGAGGAGACGUUGGUAAGCUUAUUACGAAUGCAUUAGAUAAGAAAGGUUCUGAGGUGAAGGAGAACCGGUUUCUAAAGGGACUUGCUUGUUAG